AUGGCUGGGAACAGAAGGAGGGCUCAACAAGAUGUAAUUCCAUUUGACGUUGCGAGAGUUGAUGCACUCAGCUUUAUUCUCCGAAAAGAAGACAAACCAGGGUGUGCUGAGAAAGAUGUAGACCCAAUUAUAGGAAAGGGUUUAUAUGCUGAGAAGGCUUAUCUGCAAGGAGAAUUUAUUGUGGAAUAUGCGGGGGACCUCAUCAGUCGCAAAGAGGGGAUCAGGCGUGAGAAUACUUACCCUGCCAGUAAAGGAAGUUAUAUAUACUUUUUUGUCUGGGACAGCAAGAAGUACUGUUUGGAUGCAACAGAAUCAUCUAGAAGAGGCAGAUUUGCCAAUGAUGCAGGGCCUGAUGAUGUUCAUCAAAAUGCCACAAUGAAAUGUGUAUCCAGUAAAGGAAAACCUCAUCUAGCUCUUUUUGCAAAAAGAAAAAUAAAAAUUGGAGAAGAGAUAAGAUAUGAUUAUGGUGUACCAGAUCUUCCUUGGAGGAAGCAGGGUCAUAACAGACAAGAAAGACAAGAUGAAACUGCCAGAAUCAUAAAGGACUUGCAAAAAAAAGAAUGCAGAGUGCUGCUUAAAAAAUUACCAUUGGAUACACUACAGGAGGUGAUAGUUGAAGAGCCACUACAGGAGGUGAUAGUUCAAGAGCCACUACAGGAGGUGAUAGUGCAAGAGCCACUGCAGGAGGUGAUAGUCCAAGAGCCACUACAAGAGGUGAUAGUUCAAGAGCCACUACAAGAGGUGAUAGUUCAAGAGCCACUACAGGAGGUGAUAGUUCAAGAGCCACUACAGGGGGUAAUUGUUAAAGAAUCACUGCAAGAGAAGAUUGUUCAAGACUCAGUGCCAGAGGAUAUUGGACAAAACUCAGUGCCAGAGGAAAUUUGGCAUGACUCAGUCCCAGAGGAGAUUGGGCAAGACUCAGUGCCAGAGGAUAUUGGACAGAACUCAGUGCCAAAGGAAAUUGGGCAAAACCCAGUGCCAGAGGAUAUUGAGCAAGACUCAAUGCAAAAGAAGAUAGAGCAAAACUCAGUACCAGAGGAGAUUGGGCAAGGCUCGGUGCCAGAGGAGAUUGGACAGAACUCUGUGCCAGAGGAAAUUGGGCAAGACUUAGUAACAGAGGAGAUUGGGCAUGACUCAGUACCAGAGGAGAUUGGGCAAUACUCAGUGCCAGAGGAUAUUGGACAAGACUCAGUGCAAGAGGAAAUUGGGCAAAACUCAAUGCCAGAGGAGAUUGGGCAAGACUCAGUGCCAGGGGAGAUUGGACAAGACUUAGUGCCAGAGGAGAUUGGGCACAACUCAAUGCCAGAGGAGAUUGGACAAGACUCUGUGUCACAAGAUAUUGGGCAAGUCUCAAUGCCAGAGAUUGAACAAGACUUAGUGCCAGAGGAGAUUGGACAAGACUCGGUGCAAGAGGGCAUUGGGCAUGAGAUAAAUCUCAGCAGCAAUUUUACAACAUCUAAUCCAUAUUCUCAAAACAGUGGUGAGAAUGGUACAACUGAAGGAAAACAAGAUACAGAUUGUCCCAACUCAGCAGGAAACAAAGACAAAUCUAAAACAUCCAGACCAAGAAGACCAUGCCCAUUUUGCGGAACAAUGGCUUCUCGACUCACGGAUCACAUAAAAAGAAGACACAAGUUUGAAGAAAGUGUUAAAGCUGCAUUAGCAUUACCUAAGGAUCUGAGAGACAAAGAGUUUGAAAAAAUGAAAAAAGAGGGGAUUUUCAAAGCCAAUACUGAUGUUCUUAUGAAAGAAAAUCCAGACUACAGCAAGCUUAUGAAUCAGCGAAGACAAGAGAAUGAUUCUUUGGCUAUGUGUUCCCUUUGUAAAGGGUUCUAUCACAAAAAGAUCAUAAACAGACACAAGAAAAGGUGUUCCUCUGCAGAAGGUACAACUGACUACCCAACAACAUUUAGCAUUAAACUGUUAGGUACCCAGCCAAUCUUUUCAGAUUCAUAUAUACAAGAGAUUCUGAAUUGCUUUCAUGAUAAUGAAGUUGGAGCUUUGAUUCGAUCUGAUGACUGGAUCAAAAGAUAUGGUUAUCUCUGCUUCCAAAAUUUUGAGGGCACUGAAAAAAGAACAGAAAAAAGGUCAUCUUUAAUGUCAAACCUUAGACGCCUAGCUCAUCUUUUCAUGGAGUUUAAACAGAUAGUUUCAAAAGAUAACCCAUGUAUAAAAUUGAAUUCAUGCAGCCAGAUGUUCGAUAGAGAUUUCAUUCUCUAUAUUCAAGAUGCUAUUUGUUCAAUGACAACAGACAAAGAAACAAAAGCAGUAAAAAAUGGCUUGAAAGUUUCUCUGCGUUAUCUGAUAUCUGAUGUUUGCAAGGUAAUGAGGGCAAAUUACCUUUUGCUGAAACAAGAUGAAAAAGCAGAAGAAAUGGCAAAAUUCAUUUCAGUUUUACAGCUGAUUUGGCCUUCCUUUUUUGCCAGUGCUGAGGAGUCAGUGGUUAAAAAGAGACAGUCAGAUUUAAGAAGGCCAGUCAGACUACCAAGUGAAAAAGAAAUAGAGCAGUUAAGGGACUGUACAAAAGAUAUCAUUGAGAGACUUUCCGCAGAUAUGUUUGAAACUUUAGAUUAUACAAAAUUUAGCCAGCUACGAGAUGCUGUAGUAUGCAGAUUAACACUCUUUAAUGCCAGGAGAGGUGGAGAACCCAGCAGAAUGACCAUUAAAGACUGGGAAGAUGCCCUCCAAGACGUAUGGAUUGACCAAGAAAAAGUUGAGCAUGUUGAAGAUGACAUAGAAAAAAAGUUACUGUGUGAAAAUAAAAUAGCCUACAUACAUGCCUCUAAGGUAUCCAAGUUGGUGCCACUUCUUAUACCCAAGGACUGUUGGCAACCUAUGAAAAUUUUAACAGAUUGUGAGGUACGCAGAGCUGCUCAAAUUAAUGAGAAGAAUAAAUAUGCUUUCCCAAACAUGAAGCAUUCAAAGAAUCAUGCUUCAGGGUGGUAUGCAGUUAGUAAUUUAUGCAAAAAAGCAGGGUUGGAGCAUAAUAUAAGUGCAACAGAUAUGAGACAUUAUGUUGCCACUUCUUAUGCUCUGCUAGAUGUGUCACCAAGUGAUAGAGAAAUGUUUUACAAACACCUUGGGCAUUCAAAGCAAAUGAAUGAAAACGUUUAUCAAUGCCCUCCAGCUAUGAGAACAAUUACAAAAGUUGGAAAAUUUUUAAAUCAGUUGGAAGGCAACAUUGAUACAUCCCUAUCCAACUCAAAGAAGUCAAGUGCCAAAGAAGUUCAAGUUGAAACUCUCUCUGAAUUCAUUGAAUUAAUGGCAGCAGAUAUGUCUUUGUCUGACAUUCUUAACUUCUAUACAAAAAUUGAUGAAGAACAUGUGACUAUUAAUCCGGAGGAGUUGAGAAACAGAAGCAGUCUAGUUUUAGAUAAAAAUGUACAAAGUCACGCAAAGAAAUUCUUUACAGAGGAUGCCUGGCUUUGCGUAAUGAAUACAUUGACAGUGCUUGCUGCAAAUGAUGAAUACAAAAUGCAAGGAAAAAACAGAGAAAAUACAUCAGGGUUGAAGAGAACUAGAAAGGAUGAUGACAUUUCCGAAAAUGAGAUUCCUGGCCCUAGUGUGAUAAAACGUUCCAGGAAUGUCGUUUCUUACAUUUGUGAGGAUAGUUCCUCAUCUGAUGAACCAUCAGACAAGGAUGAUAAAGUAUCCACAGAUGAGGACACAAUAGCCAAAGGCAAAAAGCAUAUCUGGUCAUCAAACGAGGAUGCUGCUGUUAAAAGAUUUUUCCGUACUUAUAUUGAUGAUGUGUCUGAAUCUGGAAACAAAGGAAAAUUACAUGUUACAAGUGAUAUAUGCAGCUUCAUCCAGAAAUAUCCAGAAAUCCUAAAUGAUUUUCCCAGACAGAAAAAAAUCCAUUUGAUCAGAACAAAAAUAAUGAAUCUCAGAAGGCAGUCAAGGGAACGAGUGUGGAACUUUUGCCAACCCCACAAUCUGGAGGAUUUGAGGUCAUUUGAAGGACAUAUCAUUUCCCUCAUUGAGACUUGUUCAACUGCCCUGCUUGACUGUAUGAGAGAGAAAGGCCCUUUGCGACAGAGUGUGAAACAUUCGCCAAACCAUAAUCUGGAGGCUUCAAGGUCAUUUGAAGGACACAUCAUUUCCCGAAACCCAUGA